GAGCAGCAAGUUCCAAAAUGGGCAAUUUUCAUGCAAGGAUAGAUAAGAUAAUUUAACAUGUAGGGAAGCAAACCCAUCUAAAACCCAGCGGCACAAAUCCCCAAAUUUCCGGCAGGUGGCAAUCUCUCCUUCCACCGCCACUGCCGGAAUCCACCAUUUUACUAAAACACCCUUAGACAAACUUACGGAAACACCCCUGGCGAUGCAAAAUCCAAUAUUUAAAUCACUUCCACAGUCAGUUUCGCACUCAUUGUUUUCUCCAUCUCUUACCAUCGUUGUGCCCAAAAGGAGAACAGCUAGGGCAAUGCCUUGUACUUCGAUAGUUGAAUCCAGCGACGGCAACGGAGCUGUGCGUAGUUUCAAACUGAAAGAGUCAACUUUCCUUGCUGCUCAAAUGCCGAAGAAAGAGAUUGCUGCUGAUCGGUUCAUCGAAGCUCAUCCCGAGUACGAUGGUCGCGGUGUCAUCAUUGCUAUUUUCGAUUCUGGAGUUGAUCCCGCUGCGGCUGGAUUACGAGUUACCUCUGAUGGAAAGCCGAAGGUCAUUGAUGUUAUAGAUUGUACUGGGAGCGGAGAUGUUGAUAUUUCUACAGUGGUAAAGGCUGAUGAGAAUUGUUGUAUUACUGGAGCUUCUGGGGCUUCUCUUGUCAUAAAUUCUUCAUGGAAGAAUCCAUCUGGUCAGUGGCAUGUUGGCUGCAAAUUGGUGUAUGAGCUCUUUACUGAUACACUGACCUCUCGAGUAAAGAAAGAACGAAAGAGAAGGUGGGAUGAGAAAAAUCAAGAAGCAAUAGCAGAGGCUGUAAAGCAGCUUGAUCAAUUUGAUAAGAAGCACACAAAAGUCGAAGGUGCGCACUUGAAAAUGGUCCGUGAAGACCUCCAGAAUAGAGUUGAUCUUCUGCGCAAGCAAGCUGAUAGCUACGAUGACAAGGGACCAGUUAUUGAUGCUGUCGUAUGGCAUGAUGGGGAGAUUUGGAGAGCUGCUUUGGACACACAGAGUCUUGAGGAUGAAUCAGGAUGUGGAAAGCUUGCAGAUUUUGUUCCUUUAACUAAUUACAGGCUUGAACAAAAGCAUGGAGUUUUUAGUAAAUUGGAUGCCUGUACAUGUGUGCUAAAUGUCUACAAUGAAAGGAAUAUAUUAAGUAUCGUGACAGAUAGUUCCCCACAUGCCACACACGUUGCUGGUAUUGCCGCUGCCUUCCACCCGGAGGAACCUUUACUAAAUGGAGUUGCACCUGGAGCACAAAUUGUGUCUUGUAAAAUUGGGGAUUCACGGUUGGGUUCUAUGGAAACAGGAACUGGUUUGACUAGGGCCUUGAUUGCAGCUGUAGAGCAUAAAUGUGAUCUCAUCAAUAUGAGGUACGGAGAACCUACACUGCUGCCAGACUAUGGUCGCUUUGUUGACCUUGUCAAUGAGGUGGUCAACAAACACCGCCUAAUAUUUGUCAGUAGUGCUGGCAAUAAUGGGCCAGCUUUGACUACUGUGGGUGCACCUGGUGGCACAAGUUCAAGCAUAAUUGGAGUAGGUGCAUAUGUUUCUCCAGCUAUGGCUGCUGGUGCUCACUUAUUAGUUGAGCCACCUACUGAAGGCCUUGAAUACACCUGGUCUAGUCGGGGACCCACUGUGGAUGGUGAUCUUGGUGUCUCCAUAAGUGCCCCUGGUGGUGCGGUGGCCCCUGUGCCCACAUGGACCCUUCAAAGACGCAUGUUAAUGAACGGAACAUCAAUGUCAUCUCCUUCUGCUUGUGGAGGUGUGGCUUUGAUUGUCAGUGCUAUGAAGGCGGAAGGUAUUCCUGUUAGUCCAUACACUGUACGGAAGGCACUUGAAAAUACAUCUAUACCCAUAGGUGCUUUACCAGAAGAAAAAUUAACCGCUGGACAGGGACUCAUGCAAGUUGACAAGGCUUAUGACUACAUGCAAAAGGUGCAAAAUCUUCCCUGUGUGUGGUAUCAAGUAAAAAUUAAGCAGGCUGGCAUCACAAGCAAACCAACUUCGUCUGCUACGUCUCGAGGCAUCUACCUUAGGGAGCCUUUAUAUUGUCACCAAUCUACAGAGUGGACAGUGGAAAUAGCACCGAAGUUCCAUGAAGAUGCAAAUAACUUAGACCAAUUGGUUCCUUUUGAAGAGUGCAUUGAGUUGCAUUCUACUGGAGAGGCAGUGGUGAGAGCUCCUGACUACCUCCUCCUCACCCAUAAUGGGCGCAGCUUCAGCAUAGUUGUGGACCCCACCAAUUUAAGUGAUGGCUUGCAUUAUUAUGAAGUAUAUGGCGUAGACAGCAAGGCACCAUGGCGAGGACCACUUUUCAGAAUUCCAGUGACUAUAACAAAGCCCUCUAUUGUAACAAGUAGACCCCCUCUAAUUUCCUUCCAAGGAAUUUCAUUUGUACCAGGCCAAAUUGAAAGGAGAUUUAUUGAGGUACCAUUUGGUGCUACCUGGGUGGAGGCCACCAUGAGGACAUAUGGGUUUGAUACGGCUAGAAGAUUCUUCAUAGAUACUGUUCAGCUCUCCCCAUUGCAAAGGCCCAUUAAGUGGGAAAGCGUGGCCACAUUUUCAUCACCUUCAUCCAAAAACUUUGCGUUUCGAGUGGAGGGUGGUCAGACAAUGGAACUAGCAAUAGCCCAAUUUGGGUCCAGCGGCAUAGGCAGUCAUGAAACAACUAUUGUUGAUUUUGAGAUCGCAUUCCGUGGUAUAAACAUCAGCAAAGAGGAAGUAGUUCUUGAUGGAAGUGAAGCACCUGUGAGGAUUGAUGCUGAAGCUCUUCUGUCAACUGAAAAACUUGUCCCUUCUGCUGUGCUCAACAAGAUAAGAGUUCCGUAUCGUCCAAUUGAUUGCAAACUGCAUGCACUUUCAGCAGAUCGGGACAAAUUACCCUCAGGAAAACAGAUUCUGGCUCUUACAUUAACGUGGAGCUUCCGUGAAGUGAAAACUGGAAAUAUGCUGAAAACAUCAUUGGUGAAAGAUGACAACAAAACUUGGUAUAAUAUUGAGCUACUUCUAGAAAGAAAUGGAGUACUUCAUUCAGAGCACCUUGUUCACAGCCUUAAUACUCUUCAUAAAGCGGAUUCUUUGAAAAGCAUAAUAGUCUAUAAUUGCCGUGUGCAUGCUAAGGGUGAUGUUUAUCCAGAGUCCUCCAAACUUCCGAAGGGUGAAUAUACUGUACAGCUAUAUCUGAGGCAUGACAAUGUACAGUACCUAGAGAAGAUGAAGCAACUGGUGUUAUUCAUCGAAAGAAAAUUGGAGGAAAAGGACAUUGUUCGGUUGAACUUCUAUUCUCAGCCUGAUGGCCCACUAACGGGUGAUGGUUCCUUUAACUCUUCAGAUCUAGUUCCAGGAGUGAAAGAAGCAUUCUAUGUGGGUCCUCCAGCGAAGGACAAGCUCCCAAAGAAUUCCCGUGAAGGAUCUGUAUUGUUUGGCCCAAUCUCAUAUGAAGGGGGAAAAAGUCUGCAGAAGAAUCCUGCUUCUUAUCAAAUAUCUUAUAUUGUGCCACCAAUUAAGCUUGACGAGGACAAAGGAAAAAGUUCGAGUGACACCAAGUCUGUCUUAGAAAGACUAGAAGAAGAGGUCCGUGAUGCUAAAAUAAAGAUUCUUUCUAGCUUGAAUCAAGGCACAGAUGAGGAACGUGCUGAAUGGAAAAAGUUAUCUCAGUCACUUAAGUCAGAGUACCCUAAAUACACUCCUUUGCUUGCUAAAAUACUGGAAGGCGUGCUUUCUCGGAGCAAUAUUGAGGAUAAAUUCCAUCAUUUCACAGAGAUAAUCAGUGCAGCAGACGAGGUUGUUGCUAGCAUCGAUAGAGAUGAAUUGGCAAAAUAUUGUGCCCUCAGAAGUGAUCCAGAAGAUGAGGCUACAGAAAAACUGAAGAAGAAGAUGGAGACGACCCGUGACCAGUUAACUGAAGCACUCUACCAGAAGGGAUUGGCUUUGGCUGAGCUUGAAGCAUUGAAGGGUGAAAGCACUGUGGAUAAGGUAGAUAUGUUUGAAGAGAACUUCAAAGAGCUAAAGAAAUGGGUGGAUCUGAAGUCCUCUAAAUAUGGCAUACUUUCGGUUUUCCGUGAGAGGCAUCAUGGGAGACUUGGAACCGCACUUAAGGUUCUAAAUGACAUGAUACAAGAUGAUGGUAACCCACCCAAGAAGAAGUUUUAUGAACUAAAGCUCUCUUUGCUCGAUCAGAUAGGAUGGAGCCACUUGGUGGCAUAUGAGAAACAGUGGAUGCAAGUACGAUUUCCAUCGUCACUACCUCUUUUUUAGUUUUUGUUCAGUGAGCGCACAAAAUUUUUGUAGAAUAUGAGAGAAAGAGAAGAUGUGACGGAGUUCUGCAAAAAAAAAAAAACGAUUACUUGUGGCGCAGUGCAAUGUUGAAUAAGAUUCUUUCUUUCUUUUCAAUAAUCAUUUAGUUUGUUUUCUUCAGUCCUACUUAAAAGCAGGAUUGCAUGUAUAAACUAUGUAAUUUAAAAUCUAAAUGUUGUAUAAGAUUUGUUUCAUGUGAACUUUUGUUGUGUAUCUGGGUGUUUAUGGUUUCCGUGGACAUUCAAACACAUCAUUCAGAAUACGGUUAUAUAAGGAUUUCUUGUUUGAGA